AUGACCAACCCACCGACCCCACCUCCUGCCGUUCGACUACCCGCCGAGAUCCUGGCCUACAUCAUCGAAUUGUCAAUCAUCACCUCCACCCCCUCCCCGCCUCGUAUCGACCCUACCACCUCGACCUCAACUUCACCAUUCAGCACACCCCUUCGAUCCACAUACAGCUCCUCCUGGUCCUGGACGAGCUCUCUCCUCUUCAUCUCGAAGUCCUUCUAUUCGAUUUCCCGACCGCUUCUGCUCAAGACCCUCACGCUGGACUCCACCGACGCAGGGGUAAACUUCUUCACCACAAGAAAGGACGCGUGGCAGGAGGGUGUCGACAGAGCAUGGCUUGGGAACGUGACGACGUUGGAGAGGGAAUGUGGGGUAAAACUGGAGCCGGUAAAAUGGAGGUUGGAGGAGGCAGGGUGGUAUGAGGAGUGUUCGGGUGGGUUCGUGGUGGGACAUGCUUAUGCGAGUAGGAUGAAGACCAAGGGCAAGCGGAAGAAGGAGGCGAGGGAGAGGAGGUAUAGAAGCGUGAGUGUAUAUUGGGCGGAAGAGCAGUUGGUGGAGGAAGUCACGGAUGGUACGAGUAGCGAGAGUGACAGUGAUGGUAGUCAUGGUGAGGAGGUCGAAAAGGAUCAAGAUGUUGGGCUUGCACGUUCGCUCCCUCACGACACAAACGGCAGAAUUGAGGCAAGUACGUCGACGAGAAGGAGGGCUUCGCAUCAAGAGGCUGACAGAGGAAGCGAUCCAAGGAUAGACCGACCACACGAGCCUGCUUGGCAGACGUUGUAUUCCCGUCAACGGCGUAUGUCGCCGGUCAGCAGCAGAGCAAGGGCUGGCUCGUCGAGUAUUGGCGGUGGAAGCUCAGAUCAAGGAAUGAAUGGGAACGGGAACGGUAGUAAUCAAGCUGGACCAUCGGAAGGUGAUCUGGACCCGUGGGACAUGCAAGAUGCUCAAGAACGAUUGGCCGCUCUAGCAAACGCCUCGGUUCAGCAUAUAGAAGAGGCAACAAUUCCCGUCAAUGACUCGCUGGAUUCGACGAUAACUACAAGCGCACUCGACGACCUUAGCACCGGCUUUCAACCAGCUCAUCCCAGACGCGACAGAGAGAUCUACGCAUACCACAUAUGCACGGCCACACUCGAACCGUUCAUCCAACCGCUCCUCUCUUCCAUCCGGACUCUUCGUCUCAUCACCCUCACCUUCUACCCCGGUCAUCCGCUCGACGACGACAAACUCGAACACAUGCUUCGACGCAUCCUCUCCCCUACCGAAUCACCGCGACUCGAGACCCUCCUAAUCCGGAUCUGUUUCGACGCUGCUAGCGCAGGAAGCAGGAUGCGUCGGUUCGAGAGGACCAAGACGAUCGCAGGAGCGGCGGAUAGGAUCGGAGACGAGCGCGUGAGGGUGAUGCUGGUGCACGGAAGGGUGGGAGAGGGUGAACUGGUAGAGUUGGGGGCGGAGGCGGGGAUCUGGAGCUCGGUGAGCAGGAAGGCGAUCGGCUUGACAAAGGAGGGAUGGUGGUCGAGGGUUCUACAGCAUAACCAUCAUCGGAAAGUGGAGCAGAAGGAGCAUAGAGGGGAAGGCGAGGACAAGGAGGAAGGAAUGAGGAGACGGGAAGAACAAGAACGCAGAUUGAGCGAUUGGAAGAUGUUCUUCCCUCCGAGUCAAUAUGCUAACCCGACACAUUUGGUCAACUUGAUACAUCACUGCGAUCCUUGGCCUGACUGUCCAGAUCCUGUAUAG